UGGGAGACGAUCCCCAUGAAAGUAAUAGUGCGCUUGUGGUCCACCUUCGCCAGGCAAACCAGUCGUACACUCUUCGUCCUGAAGAACGUUGCUCGCGCGAUUCGUUCGCAAAUAAUUGCUAUAAAAGUGCCGCAUCGUCGUCCUCCUUCAGUGCCAUCGUACAGAUACAAGGUCACGAGUGCAACGGCGAUCGCAUCCUCUUGUCAUUGUGAAUCACGUGCAUCAUAAGCAAAUGCACCUGACGCGCGAUGUGUUCAAGCUAAGAAAGACUUUUAAUUCUGAAAACAGGCGAGAUACCAAAAGUCAUCGGGGAAUCAGAUCGAGCAUUUAACAUGAACCGGGAGAUGCGAGCAGCGUCGCUGAUUCUCUGCUUGGGAAUUCUACUUACGACGAUACAAAAUGGAAUUGCCGAACGCAAAAUCAUUUGUUAUUACACAAAUUGGUCGGUGUACCGACCCGGCACAGCGAAAUUCUCUCCUCAAAAUAUAAAUCCGUAUCUUUGCACUCAUCUAAUCUACGCGUUUGGAGGUUUCACGAAGGAUAAUGCGUUGAAACCAUUCGACAAGUAUCAGGAUAUCGAAAAAGGCGGAUACGCGAAGUUUACGGGUCUGAAGACUUACAAUAAGAAUCUGAAGACGUUGCUGGCAAUCGGCGGCUGGAACGAAGGCUCCAGCAGAUUUUCACCGAUGGUAGCCGAUCCCGCGAGACGGCGAGAGUUUGUCAAGAAUGCCGUCAAGUUCCUCAGGCAAAAUCAUUUCGAUGGCCUCGAUCUCGAUUGGGAGUAUCCGGCUUUUCGUGAUGGCGGAAAACCGCGAGAUAAGGACAAUUAUGCCAAUCUGGUGCAGGAACUUUACGAGGAAUUCGAGCGAGAAUCCUCCAAGACCGGAAGACCGAGGCUGCUUUUAUCGAUGGCGAUGCCCGCUGGUAUCGAUUACAUAGACAAGGGUUACGACGUACCUAGGCUAAACGAGUACUUGGACUUCAUCAAUCUGCUCUCUUACGAUUAUCAUUCGGCGUAUGAGCCCGCUGUCAAUCAUCACUCGCCGUUAUAUCCUUUGGAAGAGGACAACGAAUACAAUUAUGAUGCCGAAUUGACAAUUGAUUAUACGAUCAGUCAUCUUCUGGAAAAGGGUGCGUCCGCGGAUAAGAUCAUUCUUGGAAUACCAACGUACGGUCGCUCAUAUACGUUGUUUAACGAGGAGGCGACCGAUCUUGGAUCGCCGGCGGAUGGUCCGGGUGUCGAAGGAGAUGCUACUCGAGAGAAGGGCUAUCUUGCCUAUUAUGAGAUUUGCGAGAAUAUAGCGGAAUCCGACAAAUGGGAAGUCGUUCAGCCGAAUCCCAAAGCUAUGGGACCGUAUGCGUUCAAUGGAAAUCAAUGGGUUGGAUACGAUGAUGAAGAUAUAGUCAAACUGAAAGCUCGAUACGUGAACGAGAAGAAAUUAGGAGGCAUCAUGUUUUGGUCGAUAGACAAUGACGACUUCCGUGGCAAAUGCCACGGUCGACCUUAUCCUUUGAUCGAAGCUGCUAAGGAAGCUUUACUUACAGAUAAUAGGAAUACGAUUGAGAAUACAAAAUCAGUGGACAGCCGGAAAAAAAUUCGUACUCAAGGUAUUCAAAAUGCUCGUAAGUUAGGAACAAAUAGCCAAAGAAGCACCACGUCGGCUCCGAUCACUAGACGUGUGUCCUCUUCAAGGCCAAAAUACCGUCACAUUUUGAAAUCAAAAACGAGUGACGCAGAUGAGGAAGAUCGGGAAGUAUCAAGGAGGUCGUACGAUCCGUCAUCGGACGAAGACACAGAAGGUAGAAACACCGUCAGAGUUACGGAAAAGAUCGAAAGACCAAAGAACCGAAACAGAAGCAGAACGCGAAACAGCUCCACCGAUCAUAGCUCUCGUAGAAAACAGUCUAGACGCAAAGAACAGAAUAAAACUGACGAGGAAGAAGGAUCUUUGAGCAACAAGUUGACGACUCCUGAACCGCCGACCACUCCUGAUCCAGGAUCUGAUUUUAAAUGUGAGGACGAAGGCUUCUUCCCGCAUCCUCGAGACUGCAAGAAAUAUUUUUGGUGUCUCGACAGUGGUCCAAGUGGACUUGGCGUGGUUGCACAUCAAUUCACCUGUCCUUCAGGUUUGGUGUUCAAUAAGGCAGCUGACUCUUGCGAUUAUCCGCGCAAUGUGAUUUGUCCUAAGACGUCGAAGACAUCGGUCGUCUCGACCACUAGAUUGCCCAUUACAGCUGCGACCAGUCGAACGACUUAUUUACAUAGCACGACAACCGCAAAGAUCGAAUCGGAAGAGUACGAUUCGGAAGAGGAAGAUUACGAAGAGGAUGCGAUAGAGGAAAGCGAGGAAGAGGAAGUGCGAGAAGAACCAAAAGUCACCACGACGACGAAACCUCUCGUAUAUAAGACGCUCACUAGAAAUCGUCCUAGCACGACAACUACUGCAACGACGACGAAACCAAAUGAACGGGAAAGAGCAAGUGAUGGCGAAGAGGAGGAGGAUCCGAGGGUAAUCAAGGAACUGAUCGAUCUCAUAAAAAAAGCUGGCGGAAUAGAACAUCUGGAGAAACAGUUACUUCUUCAAGAAAAGAAUUCCGACAUUAGAUCGGACAGCGAAAGCGUCACUCCGGCUACGAUUAGUCGUAGUCUGUAUGAGCGCGUGUUGAGUCGCCAGGCGAACAAGCUCGGUAAUAGUCGACCCGUAUCAUCAUCCUCGGAAACUAGUUACGUGAACGGACCGGGAAGAGCACAGUUCGAAGGCUUGGAUGAUAUUCCCGAAGUGAAAAGUCUCAGACGGUCGCAGAAACCACAAUAUGUCACUAUUGAGAGAUCUAAAUCAUCAGUCACGACGGAAUCGCCGGAGAACGAAGACAUUGAUGAGAACGAGGAAGAUGACGACAACACCGACGUAGCUUCCUCUGAGGAAGAAAGUAUCAGCAAUCCGUUAGAAGGAAGCUCGUCCACACAACGAGUAACGCCAAAUUACGUGAACAUUCGUCGAACGCGACCCUCUACUACGACGUCCAAAAUUGAAAACGACGUGGAUGAGAAGGAAGUCGAGGAGGAAAGACCAACUCGCAGACGACGACCCUAUGUCUCGAAACAACAGAAUAAUGAAGCAGGCUUUGACACAUUGAAAUCUUUCCGAAGUGAAGGCUCAGGUUUCAGGAAUUCGGAGAAGGGAGAUGAUUCGGCAGGCGUGAAUUUAUCAACGGAGAAAAACGACGCUUCGCCAACGAUCAAUUCUAGAUACACCAACAUACAAAGGUUUAGAGGCGUCGCUUCGAAAAGUUCGGAAAAUUUAUCCAGCGUACCUUCAUUGGAGAUAACCACUCCGCUAGCAAAGUUGGAAGAAUACCCAGAAGUACAAUCUAGUACAACAGAUAGUACAAUCACUUUUUCAUCGACGACACCCACGACGACCACUUCGACCUCUACCGAAGUCAUCACCGUGAUCAGUGUUGAGCCGUCGGAAAAUCCAUUCAGCGUCAGCUCUAAAGUAGGCAACACCAGCUCCACUACGGAUUCAAUGAAACUGGUGGAAGAUUCGGCGACGGAAAUUUUAUUCACGACAUUGCCGGCGACCACCUCAUCAACGACGACGACAAAGACGACGACUGCAAGUAGGUCAACGAUCGCCACUGUUUCGCAGCCACGACCAUUUGGUUUCACUAGACGAAGAUUUAGCUCAUCAGAAGCAACGACGACGACAACAACGAGCGGCCCGAGUAGAUCCAAGGUCGCCGAUUCGAAACCUAUCAGAUUGCCGACCCUGAAGGAACUGAUUGGUUAUCCGACGACUUAUUACUACGACGAUCAUAUUGCUACGACGCCGUCUGCACUCUUGCACUUGCUGCGUAACGACGUGGAUAACGAUAUUAGUCAGCAGAAUGUCGAAGAAAUUUUGUUCCAAAAGACGAACGAGUCGCGAGAUGGUGAAAGAGAGCAAACAACGAGAGACACAAUCGAAGAGGAGACUGGCAACUCAUGGCUACGACAAGCUUCGGAAAACAAAGUGAGAUCUCGCACUCCAAAGAGAACAGAUGUCACUCUUGAGGAACGACCUCUAAUCACAAGCAUCCCUAUUAUUCAGGAAGACGAGGAUAGACAAAAGAAAUAUUCGAUCUUGAUGUAUCUGAAACCGACAACGAUGCGCGGCAUUCCUCUCGUCAGUUUGACUUCUAGUCCAGUAACGCGUGGCUUUUACGUCACCAGAAGCGAGGAGGAUCCACCAUCAUCGACAUUGGCGAUUGACUUUACAUCUUCUUAUACAACAAUCGACAGUUUCAUUGAACGACAAACGGAAACCGCUUUAAUUCCAGACAUUUCUACAACCGAUGAGACCGUCACUGUCACUCAUAAUAAUCAGAACAAACCAGGACUCGACGAUAAUAUUAAUGAUAUAACCGACAAAAUUGUCACUCGUAACGAUCAAAAUGAGUUAGAACUCAAUACUUUCAAUAAUGUAAAUGAUACUAAAAACAAAGGCGUCGAUGACGAGAAAUUUUCUACGUUCGAUUCUUUGGUGAUCUCUUCGGAAAAUUCUGAUAGCGCCGAGAAUCCUUCGACUUAUACAGAGCCCGAUACGAUUACAAUUUCUGUCAGUAGACCUACGUCUAAAAGAGGAAAAUCAUUACGUAAUUUUGAUUAUAAUACGACACCUCUUGCUGAUGUUCCGACAACAUCGACAAGACGAAAAAUCGCCAUCGCCGUAAGCAAAUACAAAGAGGCUAGCAUUCCGUUGUGGACGGGUAGGCGUAUAGUGACCAGAAAGAGAAACAGGACUGCUGUUUCGUCGAUCAAAGAAGCCGAGAGACGAAUCGACGAGACUUCUCUACAUACCGCAAAAAGUAUCUUCAAAAGUGCUUCUGCAACUUCUGAGAUCCCUUCGACGUUGACUUCGGCAAAGCGUAAACUUGCCGCAAUUUCAACGGUACCGACAAUACCAUUAAUUGUGUCUGAAUCUACUAUAUCUCCCGAAAUUUUAGAUGAUUAUAGCGAUCUUGUGUAUUCAACUGACGGUUCAACCGUCACCGAAGACCCGAUCGAUCGUACAACUGCAGAAACAACGAUUACUGUGACAAACUCGAUAAUUACAGCGACUCCUCCAAUCACAAAAAUCGCUUCAAUAACGAAUAAUUCCACAGUUAUUUCAACGAUCUCUAACGAUUUUACAAGCGUAACUGCGAUGUCUUCAACCGCAAAUGAAUCUAUAAUUAUGACUACAUCAUCAUCGACUGUUACAGUUGCAAAAGCUCCCACAGUUGCAAGUGAUCAAGCCACAAUUACGACUAAAAGCGCUGAAAUUGAAAUUCCAGUUUCUAUGACUACAAAUUAUUCCAUAGCUGCUGUUCCAACAACCGCGAAUAUGCAUGCAAUCGCAAAUGAUUCUGUAAUUACAUCCACGACUACGAGUAGUGGCGUUGAAAUAACUUCUCCAAUCGCAAAUUAUUCGAUUGAUUUUGCAAAUAUGAUUAUACCCGCAACUCUAAGCGAUAGGAUUGAAAUUACUUCAACAAUUACAAAUUAUUCUGAUAUUGCUAUUCCGAUAAAUACAAGUACGAACGCAAUUGUGACUGAUUCUGCAGUUACGACUGUACCCACAAUUAUUACAGGAAUCGAAACUACUUCGACAGUCGCAGAUUCAGUAGUCGCGAUUCCAACGGCUACGAAUAAGCAAGAAAUCGCCAUUGAUUCUACGAUUACAGCUGCAACUACAAGUACCGAAGUUGAAACUAUAAUUACAAAUAAUCCCGCAUUCGUUAUCCCAGCAGCUACAAUGAAUCCUGUUACUACUAUUUCAAUUAUUUCUUCUACGAAUGCGAGUAUAUCUGCGACAACGAGCAAUCUUACAGAUGCAGAUACUGUAACUGUAACAGAUAUGUUAACUACGACUAUACCUACAACUAUAGUUAUUCCGACGAUUAGUAAUGUAAUUACGUCUGCAAAUGCAAACGUUCCUUCUACUUUCGCAAUCACAGACACUUCGACAAUUACGAGUUUACCUAAAACUAAUUCUGUAAUUUUAUCUAAAGAUUCCGUUACAAGCACAGAUGAAACUUCACUGAGUUCAACUGUGCCUACUUUAACGCUCGAAUCUACUACGGCACAUUUCAAUUCGAAUAUUUUUAAUAUUAGCAGCGAUUCCGAAAUAUCAGCCGUCACGGCAACUCCAAAGUUUAUCCAAACCACCGAAAUUCCCACGACGCUCGAAACUUCCCCAAUAUUUACCUCGACCGUCGAUUCGAGAUCUCUUCCUAGUACCAAUCCCGCCAUGUUAUCCACCACUGCUUUCUCGGACCAAACGAGCGAGAAUUCGGUAACAUCGAUGAUUACGCAAACUCCUUCAACUCUCUUUUCAAUCGUAACACCGGUUACUAACAAAGCGACUGUAGAAAAAUCGACACUUUCCGCGACUUACGAUGAAUCGAUCGCGACAAACACCAUGAUUCAAAUCACGGGAAUUUAUGAACCGAGUUCUAUACAAACGACCAGUAAAGAAUCUAUGGUGACUCCAAAAAUGAAGACAGCUUCUGAGGAAGUCGCUUCAAGGACUAUACAAAGUCGAAAACAAGAUCAGCCUUCGAAACCCGAUGAUCAAGUCGGUCAGAAAACCUCCAGACGUCGCGUUGUAAAUCGGACGAAUAAUUGGAUUGGAAAACCUGUAGUCCAACAAACAGUCAAUCAACAUCCUCUGCAUCGAGUCACGCAGUAUCGCGGACGACCACGAAGACCUCCUGGCUAUACUUCGAGAGUGGUUGAGGAAAAUCGUAGAAGAAGAAUCGUGCAAAGGAGAAUGAGAGUUAACUUUGAACCGAUCAGUAGUACUAUCAAACCCGACGAUAAUAUUGUUCAGAAUAUCACUGAGGAUCACGUUGCAUAUAAUCGAACGGGAAAUGUAAGAAAAAGAAUGAGAAUUGUAUCGAAAAGAGUCAAGGAAAGAGUUGAGCAAGAGGAGACUACUACUUUACAAGAAACAACAUUACUUUUUCAAUCAUCUGCUGACAAUGAGAAUAAAACGCAUCAUGAGAAGGUUAAUCGUGAGAAUGGAAAUGUCGAAAAAGAACGGGAAGAUAUAAAAGAGAUAAAAUCUCAAGAAAAUCUUGUGACAAAUAAAACCAGUGCCGAUCUCAAUUUGGUCAAUGAAAAUCUUUCAAGUAAUUUUCAAAGCAAUCUUCGUAUGAGCAAUAAUCUUUCCGAACAAGAAAACAAGAGAAAAAGAAUGAGAGUUGUAUUAAAGGACAUUAGGCCUAAAUCUGAGAAAAAGAAUCCAAUCGAAGAAGCGAGAGAAGAUGCUGAUUCUGUUGAUAAAAGUUUUCAAGGCAGUUUUUCAACAAAUUUUUACGCAAACUCGAAUUUUUCCAACAAAGGACGUACAGGAAGAAGAAUGAGAAUUUUACUGAAGAGUGUUCGACCUACAUCUAUUAAAAAUAAUUCCAUGAUUGAGGAAACAAAUGCGGAUAUUAUAGAAAAAAAUCUUCAAAAUAAUCUUAGCACAAGUAAAAAUUUUUCUGACGAGAAAAAAACAAGAAGAAGGAUGAGAAUUGUGUUAAAGAGAGUUAGACCUAAAUUCGAAGAGGAGAAAGCGAAGACCGAAGAAAACAGUGUGCAUUCUAAUUCUAAUGAAAAAAAUUCGAAUGAAAGUCUUCGAGGCGUUUUUUUAAAUAAUCUUAAAAAUGGUACAAAUUUUUCCGUCAAAUAUAAGGACCGAAGAAGAAUGAGAGUUGUAUUGAAGAGUAUCAAGCCCAAAUCCGAGGAAAAGAACUCAACAACUAAAGAGACGGAUUCUGAUUCUACUGAUACAGACCUUCAAGGUAGCUUUUCAAAUAAUUUUCACACAAAUGUCAAUCUUUUCGACAAAGAAAACUCAAGAAAAAGCAUCAAAUCCAAGUUCGAGGAAAAAGACUCUAUAAUUGAAGAAACAAGGGCGCAUUCCGACUUUAUCGAUAAAAAUUUUUCGAGUAAUCUAAGUGAUAAUUUUUCCAACCAAGAACAAAUAUUAACGCAUUUUAAAUACGGAAAAAAGGAGGCGACAAUCGAACGACUGGAAAACACCGAGGAGCCGCAAACUACGGAGACAUUUGUUCUGGUCAAGGACACUGAUCAGCCCUCGCUCGAGGUAAAUUCCUUAAAGAACAGUGGAUCCAUCGGUCACAAAUCAGGACUCUCUAAUAGACAUAGAAAACCGACGCAGUCGACAACGACCGCGCCGCUAAUCAACACCUUUCCAAGCACAGUAGCUAUUUAUCGAAGCGGUAAACCGAUCGAGACCACCUUCUCAUCGAGGAUAGAUCUCGUCGACGCGUUCGAGGAUACCAGAUCGGCCGUCGUCCAGAACGAUCAAAAGACGGAUGUGUCCGAUCAAAGCAUCCGCGCCCAAGAAUUUGCGGUGACUUUAGCGGAUCCACCGCAAUCGUCGUCGCCGGACACUGGUCGAACGGUGUUAAGGGACGCCGCAAGGCGCAAGAUAAGCACCACCGUAGCGCCUAGAACAGAUCCGACGAUCGACAGGACGAUCUUGAGAUACAAUGCAGACUUCAGGAACCGUCAAAGAUCCCAGACGAAAAGUGCGCGACCCACGGUAAACACUACCACGAGACCCAGAAGACCGCCGGUGCUCGACUACGAUUAUUACGAGGACGAGACGCCGAUCGUUAUCGGUAACUCUUUUCUCAAUAGCAAGCUCUUCCUCACGAGUAAGGGUACCAUACGUUGCUUGGACCAAGGCAACUUUCCGCAUCCGUACUCGUGUAAGAAGUUCAUCAGUUGUGCGCGUAUGGUAAAUGGCCAGGUGAUCGGAACCGAGUACACCUGUCCCGACAAGCUGACCUUCGAUCCGAUCGGCGGUAUCUGUAAUUGGUCCGCCGGUCUCGGUUGCAAGGAUUAAUCAAAGCUCAAUAUAAUUCACUUGAUAGUCGAACAUAAAAAAAAUUCUCUCAGACUCGGUUGCACUUAAAGUCACUUGUUAGAACUUUCUUUGUUCGGGCAAAUAUAUUUAACUAAAAAAAAAAAAAAAAGAAAAAACGUAAAAUUUAAUUUGACUGAGAAUGUCGAUACAAUUCUUUAUCGUUUUUCUUUUUUUGAUAAAAUUGAAUACAAAAUAAUUUUAUAUUAAUGCGUUUAUGUAAUACAUGAAUAAUAUCUGAUCAUAUUUUUAAAAGAUUUCUUCAUCUAUGUCAUUUGUGAGAAAAAUAGAUGUAUGGCUGUCGAAUGAUUAUCAAUACAUAUACAUUUUUCUGAUACAAAAGACAGAUAUUUUUAGAUAGUAGCAAAUUUCUCGGUUUAAUAUUAAGGGCAAUUAGGAGAAGAACGUUUCUAAUUUUGCAAAAUAAAAUUUAUAUAAAUUUUAUUUUGAUUAAAAAUCUUUUUUUUCACGAAAAUUUGAGAUAUUAAUAUUUCAGACUUUUAAACUUUGCUGUCAUCGCAACAAGAUAAAUGAGAGCAUUCUAUAAAAAUCGUGAGAUGACGUUAUGACUACUAUUAUUAUUAUACGGAUAAUUAUAACAAAAUGUUAGGGAAUAAGCGUGAAACAAAUAGAUUGUUCGUUCGAGGAGACUUGAAUCGGUCUCAUUGAAAAGGCAAAAUAACCACAUUUUUUUUUUGUCAUUUCCGCAAAGAUAAUUUUUUUGAAUAUAUCGUGACUAAUAUUAUUAAUGUAACAUAUAAUGUAACAUGAAAUAGAACUUCUGAUAUUAAUAGAGUAUUUUCAUAUAUAUAUAUAUAUAAUUGUUUCUCUUUAUUGCUUUUAAAUUCUGUUGCCUUUUCGAAGAAAUUGAUUCAUUCACAGUCACGAUGCUACAAAAAGAGUUAUUUUCAGGUGCGAUUAUUUUAAUAAAGUGUAUCGUGUACUUUUUUUUAUACGAUCAUGUAAUAGCCAUAUAUAAUCGAGCGAGAACGCAGCGAGAGCGGUGAUAUUAUCAUUAAAGUCUUUUUUAUGUAAAUAUUAAUAGAAUUAAAUAUAAGAAUAGCGUAUAAGAUAACGUUUUUGUUUCGCGAAGCGUACCAAGUGCUACUUUAUCUGUAAAUUUUUACGCGCGAUUGUCAAUAAAUCCUCUUUAUCUUCUCAUGAAAGGUACACAUCGAUGAAUAAAUAAGCUUUACUCGAUUCAUUCAUAGACUCGAGUUCGAUAUUCGAAUUUAUGUAUCAAAAAUUUUGAAAUAAAAAAGCAUCGUUUAACCACA